UCCCCUUCCAUCCUUUAGGGGAGCUUAACUCGAGCAAGUUUUUAUUACAACAAAUUGUUACUGAAACAAUGUCUGCAUUGCGGAGUGAAAUAUUGACUCUGUACAAGUCAUUACUAAAGGAAGGAAGAAAGUUCUCCAACUAUAACUUCAGAAUGUAUGCUCUUCGAAGAGUAAAAGACAACUUUAGGGAAAAUAUAUCUGAGACAAAUCCUAAGAAAAUCGAAGAAUUCCUUUCUUUUGGAAAACAAAAUCUUGAGAGUCUGAAACGUCAGGUUAUCGUAGGGAAUCUUUACAAGAUGGAUGACCUUGUCAUAGAAAAGAAGACUCUGUAGUUUGUGUCCUUUGUGACUUGCAUCAACCUUCAAAAAUAAUGCAGCUCUUAAAAUACUUUUGAAUAUGUCUUUUCUUCGCACAUUGUCUCCCAUGUAUUCAUAGGCCCGAUAGAAUGGCAAAUAGUAGAACUGUCCUCUUUUCUGUGCGAAGAAAAUGUGUUGAAAUGGUUUGUUAAUUAAGAUACCUGUGAUAUAGAUUUGUUUUGUAGUCUUGUUAUUUUUUCAUUGAAAAAUGUGUCUUUCUUUCCUUUUAGUCGCAUUUUAAUGUAACUCUCAUUAUGUCAUAUUUGCUUACAGAGAGAUAUUUUUCAUUCUGUGUUACUGUUUCCUGCAUAACACGCCACAGUACGAAGUGAUGAAGAAAAAUUUCUCUUUAUGGCCUAUUUUUUGCUUUGAUUGAACACCAACAAAAACAAUAUAAAGAAGUUCCUAUCUGA